UGAAUUGAAUGGACAGACAAUCACAAGAGUUUGUGCCAUAAGUGAUGGGGAAAGUGAAGACCUGUUCCUUCAAUGGGUGUCCAUCCAGUAAUGAUAACAAGAGUAUAUCAUUCUUCAGAUACCCUAACAAAUCACGCCAGAGAUCCCGGUGCUCUAUACCGAGGCCCACAUACGUGCCAAAUGUGAUUAGUGUUGGUCAAGUGAAUGACCAAGGUCUCAUAUGCGAGCAAUGGGUCCGCGCCUCCAAUAAUGCACUCAUUUAUGACAACUUCUACACCAAAGGACACAAGAUAUCAGACAACGAGACGGUCUGUGAACUCCAUUUCCACAGCCAAGACAUCACUGUCUACUCGUCCCGAAAGUUGUUGUCCGCCAACGCUGUCCCGCAUUCAGGGCUGGUGUCGGGCGCCGACCCCUCACUCAUCACUACUUACCCCACGAAGACUUUCCCCAAUCAUAGGCCCAAUAUCGUGUAA